AUUGCUCUGCUUUGUCCUCAGAUUACACAGUUGAAGAUAGAGAAUAAUCCUUUUGCUAAGGGAUUCAGAGGCAGCGACGACAAUGAGCUGCAUCGCAUGGCAAAGUUACAAGGCAAGGAUUACCCAGUGGUCCCUCGUAGUACUGUCCGUCAGAGAGCCUGUUCUUCUGGGAGUCCCUUCAGUGGGGAGGGUCGCGGUUUGCGGGGCUCCCCCGAGGCUGUUGGGUCUCCUUAUAGCUGUGAGAACGGCUUGAAUGGUAGCAGCCCUCAGGAGCUACUGAGUGCUCCACCCACGCACUACACCCUGCCUCAUCCACACCUGCAGUCUGGCCAACAGCAGCAGGUGUACCACUGCACCAAGAGAAAAGUGGAGGAAAACUGCUCCUCGGAAAACCACCAGCUUUCAUACAAGAAACCCUUCAUUGGUAGUUCACCAAGUGAAGGGGAAUCGUACUAUCACCCCUCCUCCUAUCCCCCUCCUCCACCCGGUCUAUCCAACAACCCAGCCCUGGGGCUCACUGACUCUCCUUACAGCUCUGACAUGGGACAGCGUCAGGCCUGCAUGUUUGCUGGAUCGGAGUCCAGAAUGGAUGAACUCAGCUGUGCAUCCUGGUCAUACCCCUGCCCUAUCCCGACCGCCAUGACCCCAAUGGAGCCCUACCCGCCUUACACCCCUCAUCCACCCUACAGCUCCAGUCCUCAGGGCUCUCGACUCAGCGCUAUAGCCCACCAGACCUCUCCGCCACUCGGAGAACACAUCACCAACGAUCCCUACCAGAGACGGAACUCCGCACCUCCAUCUCAGAGCUCCCAAAACAUUCACAGCAGGCAGCUCGGCUCUCCUCUCAGAGAAUAUCCCCGAUACACGCCCAAUCUGUCUCCUCCUCUCUACCACACACUAGAGACGCACACACACAUCCGGUGUGGGGUGCCAGAAUGGAGUGCAGCCUCCUAACUAAACCAGAGGAUAUAUCUAAAGACUGAUGAGUGGACAGAGAUUCCUAGUCCCAAAUUUAAAGAGUCUUCUUUUCGCUCUUCUGAAAGAAGCUGCACUACAUAUGGACUAAAUAUGAUAUUAAUUUUGUAAUAUAAUUGUGAAAAGUGUGAUCUUGUGCUGUGUGAAGCGGUCUCAUCUGUUAGUCAUGUUUCUCCCCUCUGCUGGAAGGAGUAGUAGAUUGUUGAGGACAGGACCUGGACAACAAUGAUGCUCCAGAUGUUCACAAAAGAAAAGCUCCUUCUAACUGCAAAGUGAAAAUUAAAGUUUGUGUUUUGUUGUCUUUGCGUAACUCAAAGACUGGUGUGAUUCAAAUGUUUGCGCUG